UCUUCCAUUCAGUUCUCUCUGACCCACCCAGCGGCUGGGGAGAUGGCUGACCAUCGAGCCACUUGAAAGACAACCCGAGGAGGAGGAGGUGGGCAGGAGGUGGACUCUGCAAUGUAAGAGGAGGGGCAAACAUCUCGAAGGAAGGGCUCCUUAUUUUGUGGCCGGCCCCCUACUCCCAGCUUGACAUCAAUCUCGCCACAGCCAGAGGAUCAUUCAGAGUUUGGCUGCGGGUUUUUAUCUUUGAGAUCGGCUGCGUCGUAUGUUUGAGUCGAGACGCUCGGUCAUUGUGCGGAGACUGUGGCGGAGACGCUGUCCAUGUGUGACGGGCCCCAAGCCAGGAGGAGAGAAUGCAGAUCAGGAGGCUCUGAGCUGCCUAAAGCUGGUCACUCACACCCUCUUCAAGAGGCUGAGAGAUGAGCAGCUGGAAAUGCUGGCUCGGUCGCUGGAAGCCCGGGGCACCGAUGAUUGUACCGACUGCGUCUCCUUUCCCAGGAUCGAGCUGCGGAUCGGGAAGCAGCGUUACUGGCCCCAGCUGCUGACCUGCAAACUCUUCCGCUGGCCCGACCUGAAACACCUUUCCCAACUCAAGAGGCUGUGUAUUUGUGAGUGUUGUGGCCGGACGCCCGGGGAGAGUGUCAUGGUCUGCUGCAAUCCUUACCACUUCAGCAGGUUGUGUGAGCCAGAAACUCCUCCACCUCCGUACUCUAAACUGUUGCCAAGCAACCACUGGAAGACCAUCGAUGACUCUAGCGCGUUGCCGUCGGUGACCAGGGAUGAGCACUGGUGUAGCGUGGCCUACUGGGAGUACCGGACCAGGGUAGGCCGACUCUAUACCGUCUGCGAGCCCUCCGUCAGCAUCUUCUGUGACCUGCCGCGUGGAACGGGCUUCUGUCUGGGCCAACUCCACGCUGAUGGCCGCCAUGAGAUGGUGAGGCGCACGCGGGGCAAGAUAGGCGGCGGGAUCUUGCUGAGCAAGGAGGGCGAUGGGGUCUGGGCCUACAACCGCAGCGAGCACCCAGUUUUUGCCAGCUCACCGACGCUGGUGAGAGGCCGCACACGGGGCCUGUCCGUGCACAAGGUGCUGCCGGGGUACUCCCUCAAGGUCUUCGACUACCAGCGGGCCCAGGCCCUGCAGCGGUCAGCGGGCCCUGAGCUCCCCGACGGUCCCUUCGACCCCCACAGCGUCCGCAUCAGCUUCGCCAAAGGCUGGGGGCCUUCCUACUCCAGGCAGUUCAUCACAUCCUGUCCGUGCUGGCUGGAAAUACUGCUCAACAACUGCUAAUCUCUCAGCACCCCCCGCCACACACACACACACACACACACUCUCUCUCUCUCUCACUCACACACACACACUCUCUCUCUCACUCACACACACACACUCUCUCUCUCUC